AGUUUUAGGAUUUUCCUUUUAGUUCUUCUUUUUGGGCUCUUUUGUUUAUAAAAUAAGCCAUCAUAUAUUGCCAAGUUGAAGCGAAAAGUCACAAGAAAGAAAGAUUUCACAAUCUUUGCACUUUUUCUCACAGUUGCAACCACAUUCUCACCUUUUCUAUCAAUGCUAGCGUACCUCAAAUAUUUUCUUAUUAACCAUUUUUGAGGAUAUUUUUGCCAUUUAUAGAAAGAGGUAAUGAGUUUGCCAGAAUGUGGAUUUCUUUGCCACCGAUGACAGAUUGGAUGAGAAGGACUAGCGGACCUGCCUUGAUUCGUUUGCGCAGAAAGAGCAAUGAUGGGUCCGCGCCACGUGAAUUUCAAGAAAAUGUGUGCUUUGUGGGGGGAAGAGCUGUGAUUGGUUAUGCUGGGGACCCCUUGGGGCCUAUGUGUGGCCUUAGUGAGAAUGGAAGAAUGGACAUGGAGAUGGAGAUGACAUGUUGUUGGAACUCCAAAAUACUAUUCCCAAUCUCUUGCAAUGAAUUUGAAGCCUUAGUUCCCUGCAAAAGGGACAAGCCAGAGUGAUUAUCUUGUUUAUGCUUCGAUUUGCAAGGUAAUUAGUCUUGCACAAUUACUACAUUUUGGGUUUAGAUACAACUUGUUCAUGAGCAAUUAUGUACUUCGAAAUUUGCAGAUUUAAUAUAUAUUAGGAUUGAUCAUUUUCUGUACGGAUGGAGGAUAUGGGGCACCUGGUUUUUUACCCUAAAGCUUCUCUAGUAGAUCUUGAAGAAUCAAGGUGUUAUGAUGCAGAAAAAGAAGUAAAAGUUUAGGUGCCUGCAUUUUUUAAGACAGUAUUGCUUUUAGGGUUUAUUUUAUCUCAGAGAUGAGCAUCAAUGGAUGGACAUUCCAUCAGCUAUCAUGAUUGAUAUGAAAAAGCCUGCAAGCAGAUCAGUAUGUGACAGAGGGUAUGUUGUUUAGAUCCUUGUCAGGACAUGAUUUGUAUGCUUUAAAGACAUAAGGUUUUUCCAUGUUUUCUGCCAAAUUGUUGGUGUUUGGGGGUGUUUUUUAAGAUUCUAUGCAACCAAAUAAUCUAAGUGCAGCAAGUAUAAUAAAGAACAUGUCAUCUCUU